AGUAGACAGAGCUGAUGACCUGCGUCUUCAUGAAAAGCUUAGCCAGCGCCGUUUAACACUUUUGCUGGCCACUUCAUACAAUCAGCACGUCUCACCUCAAGGAACAUAAUGCGAGAAAUCGUCCACAUUCAAGCUGGCCAAUGCGGCAAUCAAAUUGGAACCAAGUUCUGGGAGGUGAUCAGUGAUGAGCAUGGCAUUGACCCAGCUGGGAACUACAUGGGAGAUUCAGACUUACAGCUGGAGAGAAUUAACGUCUAUUAUAAUGAGGCAUUCACCAACAAGUAUGUUCCAAGAGCUAUCAUGGUGGAUUUGGAGCCUGGUACCAUGGACAGUGUCCGCUCUGGGCCCUUUGGUCAACUUUUCAGACCAGAUAACUUCAUUUUUGGUCAGAGUGGGGCAGGAAACAACUGGGCAAAAGGCCACUACACAGAGGGUGCAGAGCUGGUGGACGCAGUGCUGGACAUUGUGAGGAAGGAGAGUGAGAACUGUGAUUGUCUGCAGGGCUUCCAGCUCACUCACUCUCUGGGCGGAGGAACAGGCUCGGGCUUGGGCACGCUGCUGAUCAGUAAGGUCCGUGAGGAGUACCCCGACCGCAUCAUGAACACUUUCAGUGUGGUGCCUUCGCCCAAAGUGUCUGAUACUGUCGUAGAGCCCUACAACGCUACGCUUUCCAUCCACCAGCUGGUGGAGAACACGGACGAGACGUACUGCAUCGACAACGAGGCGUUGUAUGACAUCUGCUUCCGUACGCUCAAGCUGCCCACGCCCACUUAUGGCGACCUCAACCACCUCGUCUCCUCCACCAUGAGUGGAGUGACCACCUCCCUUCGCUUCCCAGGGCAGCUCAACGCCGACCUUCGUAAACUGGCAGUUAACAUGGUGCCCUUCCCUCGCCUGCACUUCUUCAUGCCAGGCUUUGCCCCUCUGACAGCCAGGGGGAGCCAGCAGUACCACGCUCUCACUGUGCCCGAGCUCACCCAGCAGAUGUUUGAUGCCAAGAACAUGAUGGCAGCCUGCGACCCACGCCACGGCCGCUACCUCACCGUGGCAACCGUGUUCCGCGGUCGCAUGUCCACGAAGGAGGUGGACGAGCAGAUGUUGGCAAUCCAAAGCAAGAACAGCAGCUACUUUGUGGAAUGGAUCCCGAACAACGUGAAAGUGGCCGUGUGUGACAUCCCACCGCGAGGCCUCAAGAUGUCCUCCACAUUCAUCGGCAACAGCACGGCCAUCCAGGAGCUUUUCAGACGCAUCUCCGAGCAGUUCACUGCCAUGUUCCGCCGUAAAGCCUUCCUGCACUGGUACACAGGCGAGGGCAUGGACGAGAUGGAGUUCAGCGAGGCUGAGAGCAACAUGAACGACCUGGUGUCCGAGUACCAGCAGUACCAGGACGCCACCGUAGAUGAGGAGGGCGAGAUGUACGAAGAUGAGGAGGACGACUCGGAGACCCAGGGUUAGGAGUCGCGCCUCCUGCUGUGUUGGACAGUCAACAGAAAACCACCGUGUCUUUUAGGACCAAAAAUAUACCUCCCUGCCUUAACCCUUCUGUAUAUCUCACUCUUGCUUCAUACUGUUUGUUUAGCUCUCCUUGAUAAACUUAAGUGACAGCUCCACCAGUAAUAACUUGACUGUAAUGCAACAACUCAUAUUGACAUGUUGAAAGUACUGAUUGAUCAAAAUGAAAUAAAACAUGUUUGAAAAAUA